GGGGGCGCUGCUGCCGCCCCGGCCCCGCCCCGGCCCCGCCCGUCCCGCGUGUUCCGGAAGGGCCCCGGGCCGUGACCGCCGGGGCAUGGCGGGGCUGUCCCGCACCCUCGGCAUCUUCGGCGCCUUCGCCGCCGUGGUGGGAGCCGCCUUCUACCCCAUUUACUUUCGGCCUCUGCUGCUGCCGGAGGAGUACAAGAAAGAACAAUCAAUAAACCGAGCUGGUAUUGUUCAAGAGGAUAUUCAGCCUGCAGGGUUAAAAGUGUGGUCUGAUCCAUUUGGAAGAAAGUAAUGUUGGCGGCUGUGCAUAUUACAGAACUGAAGAUGGACAUCUUCAGCUGUUUCUUCUUUCACUGAAGUGUGCCUUUGGGUGUUGCUGGAGAAGAAUUCUGAAUAUGCUGUAUGGGCACGUGAGGAGCAACAAAGGCUGCUGGUUGGAAUCCCAAGAGAUAAAAACAUGCUAGUUUUGACAGAGGAUGCUGGUGCAUAACUCACAGACUCUUAGAGAGCUGAAUGAUUAUUGAGUAUAGAAGUGAAAUAUUUAUUUCCUUGAGAAAAGGAUUUUUUUUGAAUCUGUAGACACUUGUAGAAGAAAUUAUGAAUAGAGUAAAUCAUGCUGCAGUUUCCUCCCUAGUUUGAGAUUUGCUUUCUGUGGUUUUACUUUGAAAGCACGGUAGAAGUAUGUAAUGGGAGGGAUCAGUGCAGAAAAUGCAACAUGGUUAGUGUAAAUUUGUACAUUAAAAUUUUUAAACCAA